ACUUCACAGCGCGCGCGUUCACUACUCAACCAUCAUAGCAACUUCAAGACUCGGAGCCCCUCGUCGUUUGUGGGCUGUUUGCUUCAAGAACCAGCAUGUCCUACACAAAGUUUGUAUCCGCUUUUAUUAGGGCGAACCCGGGCAAUUUUGGGAAAAUACGUAUAUCACCUGCAAGAUGCCGAUCAACAGUGGCAUCCACCAAGAGCCAGGAGGAGAAAGAGCAGCAGAUAGAUGGAUGCACCGUGGUGGAGGCUGUGCCGGUUGAACUCAUAAGCGAAACCAAAAAUGUGAAAAACACGCAGUUACAUAAAAUCCACAUUGACUUCGACAACACGGAGGAAGCCUACAAAAGCAAAGGUAACAUUGAACUGCUGCGAAGUCUGCUGGUCUUCAAGCUUUGUACAUUUGACUUCCUCGUUGAAAAGAACAAAGAGUUGAUGGAUCUGAGUAAGAAGUUGUUUGGUCAGUGGAUGUUUGAAAAGUUGAUGAAGAUGACCUUCUAUGGUCAGUUUGUGGCCGGUGAAGACCACAACUCCAUCAAACCAUUGAUCCAGAAGAAUCAAGCCUUUGGAGUGGGGGCAGUUUUGGACUACAGUGUUGAGGAGGAUUUGACACAAGAGGAGGCAGAAAAGAAGGAAAUGGAUUCAUGCGUUUCUGAAGCGGAGAAAGAAAGCCCAGGUGCAGAUCAUCGUGAGAAGAAGUACAAGGCUCAUCGGCAGUUCGGAGACAGACGUGGAGGGGUUAUUAGUGCUCGUACCUACUUCUAUGCAGACGAGAACAAAUGUGACAACCAAAUGGAGACAUUUAUAAACUGCAUCAGAGCCUCUGGGGGAGCCUCAGCAGACGGAUUUUCUGCCAUCAAAAUGACUGCUCUGGGACGCCCACAGUUCCUUCUCCAGUUUUCAGAAGUCCUGGUGAAAUGGAGACAGUUCUUUAACUUUCUCGCAGCACAGCAGGGAAAAUCUGACAUGAUGGUUUUGGAACAAAAGCUGGAGCUGGAACAACUCAAGGAAAGUUUGACAGAGAUGGGUGUUGGAGCCAAAGAUGACAUAGAGAACUGGUUUACUGGAGAGAAGCUGGGUUCGUCAGGAACGAUAGAUCUGCUGGACUGGAACAGUCUAAUAAAUGACACAACAAAAAUCUCCAAUCUGCUUAUGGUGCCAAACCUGGAGACAGGACAUCUGGAGCCUUUGUUAAACAAGUUUACAGCUGAGGAGGAGAGGCAGAUGAAGAGAAUGCUGCAAAGAGUGGACGUUCUGGCCAAGCAUGCUGUGGAGAAUGGGGUGAGACUAAUGGUGGACGCCGAGCAGACGUACUUCCAGCCAGCUAUCAGUCGACUGACCCUGGAAAUGCAGAGGAAGUUCAACAGAGAAAAGCCAAUCAUUUUUAACACAUACCAGUGUUACCUCAAGGAAGCCUAUGACAAUGUAACCGUGGAUGUUGAGCUGUCAAGACGUGAGGGCUGGUACUUUGGUGCCAAACUGGUUCGUGGAGCCUACAUGUACCAAGAGAGAGACAGAGCCAAAGAGAUUGGCUACGAAGACCCGAUAAACCCAGACUAUGAGGCCACCAACAGGAUGUAUCAUAAGUGUUUGGAGUAUGUGCUGGAGGAGAUCGAACACAGCAGGAAAGCCAAUAUCAUGGUCGCGACUCACAACGAGGACACUGUGAAAUUUACUCUAGAAAAGAUGAAUGAGAUGGGCCUUUCCCCCACUGAGAAUAAAGUUUACUUUGGACAGCUGCUUGGCAUGUGUGACCAGAUCAGCUUCCCACUAGGCCAAGCAGGUUUCCCGGUCUAUAAGUACGUUCCAUAUGGCCCAGUCAAUGAGGUCAUUCCUUAUCUGUCUCGUCGGGCUCAAGAGAAUCGCGGCUUCAUGAAGGGAUCGCAGAGAGAGCGCAGCCUGCUGUGGACCGAGCUGAGGCGCAGGCUGCUGGGUGGACAGAUUUUCUACAAGCCUGUCUACUGAAUCACAGGACCACAACAUAUUAACCGCAGUAUGUCUGUAAUCAUUCCACCAUCUUUACCAGUUAACUGCUCUUUGUAGAGGAAGAUUAAUGUCCCGCUCUGACUUGUUGGGCUGCACCAUAUGGAGGAAAGUUUGGCCAUUUUACUGACAGAUAUUUAAUGUGUAGUAUUGUUUGCAGUAAUUAUUUUAUCAGUAAAUUUAAAACAGGAAUCUUUAAAACACAAUCACUAUGGCACAUUAUGGAGAUAAAUGUGCAGACUGACUAAGAAGUGAUGAUUUAUUUUUUUCUCUUAAUUACAAUGUGUUUCUUUAACUCAAAAAUUGUCCAUAAUAAUCCCCAGAAUCAACUUAACAUCUGUGAUUCUAUAUGCUUCAUGGAAAUGUGUAUGCCUCUAGACUUUGAUUGUUUCUGAUAUACAAAGUGAGAUUAUUCAGUAGAGGCCAAGAAAAGUAUAUUGUGUAUAUAGUUUUACCAAAGGUGGCUUACUUGUAUAUAAAUAUAUGUCCUAUGUGUUUUUCAUGGUGUUUGUUUAGUGCUGAGUUUAUCUCACCUAGUUUUCACUGAUAAGUGCCUCAUGAUUGUUUUCACAUUAACUGGAAGCGAUCAGCAACUGUUCAAUGUAGUUUUAUUAUUGUAACUGUACACUCCUCUGAGGAGACUAAAUUAUUUUAGCAUAUUUAUAGGUCAUACUAUGUGUCAUCGUGUUAAUCUGCUUGAACAAAUAGCUACCAAGUUAUUGUGCAGCAUAGCGAUUGUGAUUGCUUUAAAUUCAGCAUCAUGAACCAGAUUAUGCUCUUUUUGAUCUCUCGUGACACCUGCACGUUGAAGGGCUAAGAGCAGAUACAAUUUAAAGUAAAAAAAAAAAAGACAGUUUGUUAUUGUAAACUACCCCAGUUCAUGUGCUGCGGAUAUGUGGAAAUGUGUCAACUACUUGUGACGUGGAAGUGACUGCAAAUAGCUAACCUUCAAUUUGUCUCUGACAAAACAGACUCGUUUCACUGUCUACUGAGCGGUAUGACGCUGAAGAGAGACUCAAUAUGAUCCAUUUCAGUGGAUCAUUCACACAUAGUGUGCCUUAAUUCUUGACAUGUGCCAGAUGGCCCUGACUUCAGAAUUGUCUGAAAUGAAGAGCAUUUUCUGCUCAUCAAACAGAGACAACGACAGCGACAGAUGUUCAGAGCAGAAAACCAGGAACUGUUAUGCCCUGUGUUCCAAAAUGUUCCAAAAACAAACACUGCUGUGAUUUUCAAGGAAAAUUGCACCUAAAAGACUUUGAGAACAACUGCACCGAUGCUUAAGGUACAUUAGAGGAGAAACUGCCUGUGAACUCAAUUUGUUUUUGUAGUAAAAGACUGAUUUCAUUGGUAUCUCUGCUUUCAAUAGUUGAAAUUCGAAAUGUUGUUUUUAAGACUAGAACUAAAUACUGUUAAUAUUUUCUUAAACCUUUGUAAACGUCAUAAAAUUAAACUAUUAAACUAUUUUUUAAAUGAGUAUUUCCUGACAAGACAAAAGUUAAUAGUCUAAAAUAAAGCUGGUCUUUUUUGCAGUUUGCCUCUUUUUAAAACGAUUACGCUGUCACAUCAUUUCUAAUGCUUUUUUUUGGUUCUACAGUAGUGUUGCCAUACGGAUACGAUAUGAGUUAUGAAGACAUCAAGUCUAGUCAAAUUUCAAAACAAUACUACAAAAUGCAAGCUGCCGUCAUCAGUGUGGAAGGCUGAGUUUUUGAGAGGUAACCUGGUAACACAGGGUCAUUUCAAAUAUUGUAGUUGAUAUAUUGCUUUUAUUGGAGUGCACUUCAUGAUUUUUUUUCGAUUGAUUUUGAUUUUUUUCCCCUCAUCGCUGCCGUAUCAGCAUAUCAUAUUUUGUACAGUUGUAAAAUAUAUGUAAUUAUUGAUUAACAAUAAAAUACAGUUGACAUACAAAA